CUUGGAGCAACAACUUCUGCAAAGACCUUCGAGAUCUGAUUUUGCAGCGUUUUUAAACAACUGGGAGAAUGCAGGUGCCGAACAGACCAGUCGGAGCUUAUGGAUACUCUGUGCGUAAUUACGCACCAGCAUCGCUGUACCCGCAGUACCAGGGGAGCCAGUGCGCGUCGUCAACGAAGCCUCCCAGUGGGAAAUCUUUCACUAUUGAUGCUUUGCUUGCCAAGCCGGAGGACACGAACAGCUGCCGGAGGAGUCCCACUCUGUGCGGGGAGAAAUAUCAACCAGCAGCGCCGGUUCUGCCUCUCACCGGACACGUAGGCUUACCGAUAUCAACAGCACCUUACGUCUACUCACCGGGCAUGUUGCACUCAGCGGUCCACACACAACCUGGAUAUUCAGUCUACUGCUGCCCCCCCUUCACCUACCAGUCAUCGUGCCCUGGAGCAUUUUACGCACAAGCCUCAAUGUCCAAAGUCAACGCAGGGCUGCAUUCGUUCAAAACCAAAGGUGGGAAGUCCAAACGAAUGCGCACCAGUUUCACCAGCGAGCAGCUCUCUCGGCUGGAGAAGGAGUUCGCCCGGCAGCAGUACAUGGUCGGAUCAGAGAGGUUCCUCCUGGCCUCCGCUCUACAGCUCACAGAAGCUCAGGUCAAAGUCUGGUUCCAGAACAGACGCAUCAAGUGGCGCAAACAGAGUCUGGAGCAGCAACAGGCCAAGCUGGCCAAACUGGGCCUGGCUGCCCCACCGAAAAGUCCCGGAUCUCAAGGUCACGGGGAUGAAGGAGAUGAGGAUGAGGAGUUCUCCGACCUGGACGUGGAUAUUGAUGUGUCUGAUGGCUCCACUGACCACUGCUGAGCGAACACCACUGGUGGACUGUGUGAAAAGACUUUGUGUACAUACAGCUGAGAAAGGAGGCCUGUGGCUCCAACUAUGAAUAUUUAAUAGAUGUAUAGUUAUAUAUUUAAUUUUUUUUUUUACAUUUAUUGCUCUUCACUUCAUGAGUUCAGUUUUUGUAUAUUGAACGAAAGAAAUAUAUUAGAAAUAUAUUUUAUGACAUUAAUGGCAACUUUGUCCUGCUCAUUGUUUUUAUUCAGUGCUGUUGAAUGUUUCAGAAGUUAAAAGGCGACAUUUUGUGAAAAUCUGCAUUUCCUAUUUGCACAUGUAAGAGUUGAACAGAUGGAUCCCAUAAAAACCCUGAAAAAAAAAAAAACACUAAA